CCGCCCCCACAAGCUCUCGCUCUCACUCUCAGACACCCUCUCCCCGAUACUUCCAAACAAAUCUUCCCCACCACCCACCGCCGCAACUGCAAAACCCUCUGAACCGAAAAGCCUCCUUCGACAAAAUACCAAAAAAUUUUAUGUAAAAAACAAAAGCUCACAACAUAUUCCCCAGCUACAACCUGGAAAAUAGAAUUUCUCAAUUUCCUAGCCGACCUGUCACAAUUCACACGCACGCAUGUAUAUGCACGGAAUUGUGAGUGUGUAAAGUUGUGUGAUAUUUAUUUUUUUUUCAGUUUUUCAAUGUGAAAUUUUGGAUGAGCUCCGGCGAGAUAGCGGCGGCGGUUGUGAUGUGAUGUGAUGGAAGGGGGCGACGUCGUUCCGAGGAUGUUUAGAGCGCUGGUGGAGAGCGCGGAGAAGAAGUUCGCUAGGGUGCGUGACCUGCCGGCUUACGGCAGCGGAGCGCCGACCGAGCACUACUUCCACAAGGUGUUCAAGGCCUACAUGCGGCUGUGGAAGUUCCAGCAAGAGAACCGGGGCAAGCUGCUCGACUCGGGGCUGCAGCGUUGGGAGAUUGGUGAGAUUGCUUCGCGGAUUGGCCAGCUGUACUUCAGCCAGUACAUGCGCACCAGCGAGGCUCGCUUCCUCUUUGAAUCCUACAUUUUCUACGAGGCGAUUCUUAACCGCAAGUAUUUCGAGGGCUCCGCCAAGGAUCGCGGCGUGCGGUUUAAGGAACUCCGGUUCUAUGCCAGGUUUCUGACGGUAUCGUUGAUUCUCAACCGGUCAGAGAUGGUCAAACUGCUUGUCGAUCGCUUCAAGUCUCUCGUCGACGAUAGCAAAUCCACUUUUGCGGAUACAAACUUCAAAGAGUGGAAGCUGGUGGUGCAAGAACUUGUUCGAUUCACGAAAGCUGAUUUUUCCUCUUUAAUCGUCAGGCCUUUGCGUUAUUGUGCUUUCUUUGAUUCAUAUCCAUUGUCCCAUCCAUAUGUGGCCCGGUUUCAUGCUAAUAAGGUCCUAAAGUUUCAAGAUGCGCUGCUGACAAGCUAUCAUAAAAAUGAGGUCAAAUUUGCAGAAUUAACUUUAGACACUUUUAGAAUGAUGCAAUGUUUGGAAUGGGAACCCAGUGGGUCUUUCUAUCAGAAGACACAAGCUGAAUCACGUGAAGAUGGAUUAUUAGCUGAUCAAUCCUUGACUUCUGGACUGAUUGAUAUAAAUUUGGCUGCAGACAUGAUGGAUCCAAACCUUCCUCCAAAUCCUAAAAAGGCUGUGCUUUAUCGGCCUUCUGUUCCACACUUGAUAGCAGUCAUUGCCAAAAUAAUCGAGGAGCUUCCUUCAGAAAGUGUGAUCUUAUUAUACCUCUCAGCAUCAGGGAGUACUGGUCAGACUAGUUCAUCACUGAUGGGAAGCUCUACAAGUUCCAGAAAAUUUGUGAAGCCCACUGCUCUCUCUCAGACAUCUCAAAAACAAAUUAGCUCCCUGCAUGAGAAUCAUACAAGUGGCAAGGGAGACUCCACUGGCUAUUUUGAGAAUUAUUUGUGGUUAGGUCCUAGCAGAACUGGAGGUCUAAACAACCUAUACCCAGGGGAUCUAAUUCCCUUCACACGAAGACCUCUUUUCAUAAUUAUUGAUAGUGACAACAGCCAUGCAUUCAAGGUUCUCCAAGGUGCAGAAAGAGGAGAAAGAUGUGCUUUACUUCUAUCUCCUUUGAGACCAUUAUUUAAGAAGCCUAGCUCUGGUGCAAUGAGGAAUGGGAGUCAGUUCACAUUCUUCUUGGCUGCUCCUUUACAGGCUUUCUGUGAAUUGGUUGGCAUCAAUCCAAUGGAUGAUGAUCUUGAACACUAUAAUGAUGCUGAGAGCAUCAUUUCUACUGCAUUUUCUGAGUGGGAGAUAAUGCUCUGUACAACAACUAGCCUAGACUUGGUUUGGGCUCAAGUAUUGUCUGAUCCAUUUCUCCGACGUCUUCUGCUUAGAUUUAUUUUCUGCCGUGCCGUGUUCACUCUGUUUUGCCUACGGGAAGAUAGUGACCAGUAUUUGCCUGUUUGCCUCCCUGAGCUUCCUGAUUCAUUCUCUCCAAACUCCAUAUCCGUGCAACCAGUUAUCAGACGCCUUGCAAACCAUCUUAAAGUUGCCAAUUACUUUCGCGUUCGGUAAGUAGUGGUUAUUGACGGGCAGACAGUGGAGUAUAUGCAUAAUCAGGCACGCCCUUUCUGGUAUAUAGACUAUGGUGAUGGCUAAAAUCCAAAGAACUUCUUCAUAUGCAUUUUUUGAUAGAGCUGUAGAGAUAAAAACUACUCUGUAUAAGGCUUCAGGUUCUCGCUCAGUCGCUCUGCAAUACACAAAAUUCCUUUUGCAGAAGUUGAGGGCAUUAUUAUGUUGUCAUUGUGCUUUAAUUUCAAUUUUAAUUUUAAUUUUAA